AUGGGCCUCCAUGAAAAAUCAGCCGACAACAUCAUUGAUAACUGCUGCAUAGGAAAAGCAUUUACUCGCCACUCCCAGAAGCAUCCAUUUUUUCAUAAGAAACUGAGACUUAUUAGAAUAUUGGGUCUUGUAUUCAGUAUAACAGCCAUAAGCACUUUGUACACUUCAGUUGGUGCCUUUCUAAAGACAGAGCUUUACAGCAAUGAUGUGACCAGUGCUACAAAUAGCCAUACUCCACUGCAACGGCAUCAACGAAAUCUGAUGGACUUUGCAGAGCAAAACCAGAAUGAUACCCCAGGGUCCACUAUUUCCAUGAACUAUAAAAGCGGAGACAAUAAAUCUGUUUCCAAGGGAGAGUACCCUGAAGACAUUUUUUCUUUAGAAGACAGAAAGAGGGGUGCUGUUGUGCUCCAUAUAUUCGGGAUGAUUUAUAUGUUCAUAGCAUUAGCUGUAGUUUGUGAUGAAUUUUUUGUUCCCUCAUUAACAGUUAUUACUGAAAAACUGGUGAUUUCUGAUGAUGUGGCAGGGGCAACUUUUAUGGCUGCUGGCGGAUCUGCCCCCGAACUGUUUACGUCACUAAUAGGAGUAUUUAUAUCUCACAGCAAUGUUGGUAUUGGAACCAUCGUUGGAUCAGCAGUAUUUAAUAUCCUCUUUGUAAUUGGCAUGUGUGCUAUAUUUUCCAAGGAGGUGUUAAACCUUACCUGGUGGCCACUGUUUCGAGAUGUGUCUUUUUAUAUCGUGGGAUUGAUUAUGCUCAUAAGCUUUUUCUUGGACAAUUACAUCCAGUGGUGGGAAAGCCUCAUGCUCCUCUCUGCUUAUCUAACGUAUGUUACUUUUAUGAAGUUCAAUGUCCAAGUAGAAAGCUGGGUGAAGAGGAAACUGAACCGGAACAAGGUUGUUAAGGUAUCGUCUGCUAAUUCUGAAGGAAAGGUUGAGCAACCAAACAUCCUUGUGUUACAAGAAGAGCCAAGAACUCCUCAAGAGCAUGAAGGAGUAGCAAUGAACAUUCGACAAGGAGAUGCUAAUGAAAACGCAGGAUUAAAAGAGACUUGGACUGAGACUUUACCAUCCCCUAAUAAGACAAAACCAAGGUUACAGCGAGGUGGCAGCUCAGCAUCACUGCAUAACAGUCUGAUGAGGAAUAGUAUCUUCCAGCUAAUGAUUCACACACUCGAUCCUCUUUCUGAAGAACUUGGAGCAUAUGGAAAGCUAAAAUAUUAUGACACUAUGACUGAAGAAGGAAAAUUUAAAGAGAAGGCUUCAAUUCUGCACAAAAUGGCCAAAAUGAAAUGUCAGGUGGACGACAGUGAGAGGUUAAAUGGAGAAGCCAACUAUGUAGAUAAAAAUGAUCCUCCAAACACUUCUAAUGUUGAAGUCGAAGUGACACCACCCAAAGAAUCUCCUGGUCCAGUUCAAAAUGGAAAUGUCACUCACAAUAUUGAGGCCGCUGAAACACAGGUGACAAGCGCAGAACCUGCUGAUGAAGGUGACCAUCCUCUGACUCUAGCAUGGCCUACUAAAAAGCGUAAAAGAGCUGUGUACCUUGCAGUGCUACCAAUUGUAUUUCCUUUGUGGAUUACAUUACCUGAUGUGCGAAAUGCAUCAUCAAGAAAAUUUUACCCGGUAACAUUUUUUGGAUCAAUCGCCUGGAUUGCAGUUUUUUCUUAUCUAAUGGUAUGGUGGGCACAUCAGGUAGGAGAAACUAUCGGCAUAACAGAAGAGGUCAUGGGACUUACAAUAUUAGCUGCUGGUACUUCCAUUCCAGACCUCAUAACAAGCGUCAUUGUUGCACGCAAAGGCCUAGGGGAUAUGGCAGUAUCCAGCUCUGUAGGAAGCAACAUUUUUGACAUCACAGUUGGUCUCCCUAUGCCGUGGCUCCUGUUUGCCAUGUUUAACCAGUUUAAACCUGUGACUGUCAGCAGCAAUGGCCUCUUCUGCGCAAUUGUCCUCCUUUUUAUUAUGCUGCUGUUCGUGAUCUUAUCCAUCGCUUUGUGCAAGUGGAGAAUGAACAAGAUCUUAGGAUGCAUGAUGUUUGGUCUUUAUUUUGUUUUCCUGAUCGUCAGCAUCCUUCUUGAGAACCGCAUUAUCCAAUGUCCAGCUACCCUCUAGAGUCUAUGUGUCGAAGAACACUGAAACUGAGAAAGUCAAAGGGCAGAAGCAUGACUUCACCCUCAGCAGACCAAAAGUGUUGUCAGCGUGCACCCUGAGAUAACUUCUUCAAUGAAUAUAAAGUCAACUUUGGCUCUUUAACUGAAGAUUUUAGAAUCUAGAGAAACUGUAACUUUUCUAAUGCACACUGUAUUCCUGUAUUACUCUCUUUACAUAUGAUAUAAUAUAUAUACAAACAUAAUAUUAAAAUGCAGAUAAUAUCCAACAAAGAGAGAGAUUAGAUGAAAAUGGCAUCUACAUGUAGUAAAUAAUAUCAGCACAUUGGGAUUCAUAUGUGUCCAUUAGGUUUGAAUAUAGAAUGAGCACAUCAUUCCAUCACCGUGGCUGUAUUUCAACACUUCUCUGAAAGAAAUGUUGUGGCACAAGAAAUGUACUUAAUUUCACUCCGUAGUAUAGGAAACAAUGAAUGCAAUGAAAAUGUGGCAAACUGGAUGCUGAGUAUGAGGUGUACACAGCAGGUUCUGGCUUACUUACUGUGUAGAAUACUCUUUUGCUUACUAUAUACUUAUGGAUGGCAGUAUUGCAGCACUGCACUUAAUGGAACAAAAUGAGUGUAAUGUAUCUUAGCCCAGAAGCACUUACAUUCAAGUCUGAUCACUUAUAAGAAUGGUAAGACUGAAUUUCUGUAACACAGUCUUGUGAUUUAAUGUACCAACUCAAAGUAACAGUUUGUAGUUCUG